AUGUUUCCAACAGGUUUUUCUUCCCCCAGUCUCUCAGCUGCUGCUGCUCAGGAGGUCAGAUCUGCCACUGAUGGUAAUACCAGCACCACUCCGCCCGGUGUAAUACCAGCACCACCACUCACCUCUGCCAAGACGAGAAAGUUAAACAGCAGCAGCAGCAGUAGCAGCAGUAACAGUAGUAACGACAGAGAAGACUUUGACUCCACCUCUCCGUCCUCUUCCACUCCUUUACAACCCAGGGAUUCGGCAUCCCCUUCAACCUCCUCCUUCUCCUGCCUGGGGGUUUCAGCGGCUGCUCCCAGGCACGUAGGGAUACAGAAGAAGCUGCGUUUGGAAGACACCCUGGAGUUUGUAGAGUUUGAUGCGAAGAUGGCUGAGGAAUCCUCCUCCUCCUCCUCAUCUUCACGAACUGCUGCAACAUCUCAGCAGCAGCAACUUAAAAAUGAGAGUAUAUUAAUCUCUUCUGUGGCUUCGGUGCAUCACGCAAACGGCCUAGCCAAAUCUUCUACCACCGUCUCUAGCUUUGCUAACAGCAAGCCUGGCUCUGCUAAGAAGUUAGUGAUCAAGAACUUUAAAGAUAAGCCUAAAUUACCAGAAAGCUACACAGAUGAAACAUGGCAGAAACUGAAAAAAGCAGUGGAAGCUAUCCAGAAUAGUGCUUCAAUUAAGAACAAUUUAGAAGAACUCUAUCAGGCCGUGGAAAAUCUCUGUUCUUACAAGAUUUCGGCAGACUGGUACCAACAGCUGAGACAGAUUGGUAACGAUCACAUCAAAGCACAAAUUCAUCAGUUCAGAGAGGAUUCAUUGGAUAGAGUUCUUUUUCUAAAGAAGAUCGAUAGAUGUUGGCAAAACCAUUGCAGACAAGUGAUCAUGAUCCGGAGCAUUUUUUUGUUUCUGGAUAGGACUUACGUUCUUCAGAAUUCAAUGCUACCCUCCAUUUUGGAAAGGAAUAGUGAAGCAAUUGAUAGACGUUUACUCCGAAGCCUUUUAAGCAUGCUCUCUGAUUUGCAAAUUUAUCAGGAUUCUUUUGAACAACGAUUUUUGGAAGAAACUAACCAACUCUACACAGCUGAAGGCCAAAAAUUAAUGCAGGAAAGAGAGGUUCCUGAAUAUCUUCAUCAUGUUAACAAAUGUCUAGAAGAAGAAGCAGAUAGACUUAUUACUUACUUAGAUCAGACCACCCAAAAGUCAUUAAUAGCUACUGUGGAAAAACAACUUCUAGGUGAACACUUAACAGCGAUUCUUCAGAAAGAUUUAAAUAAACUCCUUGAUGAAAACCGAAUUCAAGAUUUAUCUCACCUGUAUCAGCUCUUCAGUAGAGUUCGAGGGGGCAUUCAGGUUCCCGUGCAGCAAUGGAUUUAAUACAUUAAGGCAUUUGGUAGCACUAUUGUAAUUAAUCCUGAAAAGGAUAAAACCAUGGUUCAAGAAUUGUUGGCUUUUAAAGAUAAGGUUGACCAUGUAACUGAUAUCUGUUUCCUGAAGAAUGAAAAACUUAUCAAUGCCAUGAAAGAAGCAUUUGAAACAUUCAUUAACAAAAGACCAAAAAAACCUGCUGAACUUAUAGCUAAGUAUUCAGAUUCGAAGCGUCUCUCAGGCAACAAAGAAGCUACAGAUGAAGAACUUGAGAAAAUGUUGAAUAAGAUUAUGAUUAUAUUUAGAUUCAUCUAUGGCAAGAAUGUUUUUGAGGCCUUCUGUAAGAAAGAUUUAGCCAAGCGCCUGUUAGUUGGGAAGAGUGCAUCUGUGGAUGCUGAAAAAUCAAUGCUGUCCAAACUUAAACAUGAAUGUGGAGCUGCUUUCACCAGCGAACUUGAAGGAAUGUUUAAAGACAUGGAACUUUCUAAAGACAUCAUGAUUCAAUUCAAACAGUAUAUGCAGAACCAGAAUGUACCUGGGAAUAUUGAAUUAACUGUGACUAUCCUGACGAUGGGUUAUUGGCCAACAUAUGUGCCUAUGGAAGUUCAUUUACCACCAGAGAUGGUAAAACUUCAGGAGAUUUUCAAGACCUUUAACCUAGGCAAACAUAGUGGCAGGAAAUUUCAGUGGCAGUCAACCCUAGGACACUGUGUGCUAAAGGCAGAAUUUAAAGAGGGUAAAAAGGAACUCCAGUUCUCUCUUUUUCAAUCACUGGUGCUGCUAAUGUUUAAUGAGGGAGAAGAGUUAAGUUUAGAAGAGAUCAAGCAGGCUACAGGAAUAGAGGCUGGAGAGUUAAGGAGAACACUGCAGUCAUUGGCCUGUGGCAAAGCUAGAGUUCUGAUGAAAAAUCCAAAGGGUAAAGCUAUAGAAGAUGGUGACAAGUUCAUUUGUAAUGAUGAUUUCAAGCACAAACUUUUCAGGAUAAAGAUCAAUCAAAUUCAGAUGAAAGAAAUGGUUGAGGAACAAGCAAUCAUUACAGAAGUAUUUCAAGACAGACAGUAUCAAAUUGAUGCUGCAAUUGUUCAAAUUAUGAAGAUAAGAAAGACACUUAGCCACAAUCUCCUUGUUUCAGAAGUGUACAACCAGUUCAAAUUUCCAGUAAAGCCUGCUGAUCUUAAGAAGAGAAUAGAAUCCUUAAUUGACUGGGACUACAUGGAAAGAGAUAAAGAAAAUCCAAACCAGUACAAAUAUAUUGCAUAAAAUGUUGGCCUUGGAGCAUUUGGUGUCAUAAGCAGUAGCCAGUGGAUAAACUAACCUGUUAUUAUUUGACUUCUUUUAUACUACCAAUGACCAAAUGAAGCAGUGUAAUGGAAAUAGUUGAGUGACUUUUCAGUGGUUAACAUGCCCAUUUAAAGAGUAAUACUUACCUUUAAGAAGAAUGUUGUUGAACUCUUUGCAUGUUAUUUAGUAUGAUGUGCAGAAAACUCUUAAGAAAGUACCU